ACCUUCAUGGCAUCUUGCCUGCAUGCGACUCCUCCAGAAGGACGUCUUCAGUUGGCGAUCGCAUGAACUCACGGACGAUGAGAUUCAUCCAAGGCCUUCGCUCGGAUAGUGGCGGCAAUACAACAAUGUGGAGGGAUCAGUGAGCUCUUGCGGGGCAUUGGCGACGUCGGCCGUUGCAUCGGCAGUAUGAACGAAAGCUGCCCCAGAAAGCACGUUCGUGUGGAAGUCAUGAGCUGUUGUCUUCUCCUUACUUGAACUCCUUGAACCUUCUCUGCACACAUCUAUUCGCCUGGAGAGAGAUUGUACAACAGAUCUGCAAACAUGUACACAGCAUCGUUCGCCUUCUUCGAGGCACUAUGGGAAGCCGGCAUCACCCACGUCUUCGUCAAUCUCGGCAGCGACCACCCUUCCAUAAUCGAAGCCAUCGUCAAAGGCCAAAAUGAAAAGAAAGCCCAGUUCCCCCGCAUCAUUACCUGUCCGAAUGAAAUGGUCGCUCUCUCCAUGGCCGACGGCUACGCACGCCUGACCAACAAACCUCAAUGCGUAAUCGUGCACGUCGACGUGGGUACUCAAGGCCUCGGGGCCGCAGUCCACAACGCCUCUUGCGGAAGAGCACCAGUUCUCAUAUUUGCGGGCCUGAGUCCAUAUACCAUAAACGGAGAGUACAGAGGGUCGAGGACAGAGUACAUUCAUUGGAUCCAGGACGUGCCGGAUCAGAAACAGAUUGUGAGCCAGUAUUGUCGAUAUACUGGGGAGAUCAAACGCGGGAAGAAUGUGAAAGAGUUGGUGAACAGGGCGCUGAGCUUUGCGGUCAGUGAGCCAAGGGGGCCAGUAUAUCUGUAUGGCGCGCGAGAGGCAAUGGAAGAGGAGAUUGAGCCUUACACGCUCGAUCCGAAACAUUGGACACCAGUGGAACUGGGAGGGCUAAGUACGAAGCAAUUGAGGGCUGUGAGCGAGGCACUGGUGGGGGCGAAAGAGCCGUUGGUCAUCACAGGAUACAGUGGGAGAAAUUCAGCUGCUGUGGAAGCGCUCGUUGCGCUGGCAGACACAGUGAAGGGUUUGAGAGUACUGGAUACUGGCGGAAGCGACAUGUGUUUCCCAGCAAAUCAUCCUGCCUGGCUGGGACUACGAUACGGCGUCGACGAAAGCAUAAAAACAGCAGAUGUCAUCGUGUUGUUGGACGUCGACGUACCCUGGAUACCAACCCAAUGCAGACCUCGAGAUGACGCCAAAAUCUUCCACAUCGAUGUCGACACACUGAAGCAGCAAAUGCCAGUCUUCUACAUCAAUGCCAUCGCCCGAUAUCGAGUCGACGCCGAGACAGCCCUCACACAAAUCACAGCCUACAUCAACUACAGUAUGAAGGACAAAAUCUCAUCACCAAGAUUCUCAGAACUGGCAGAAGCACGGAAAGCCUCGCAUCAAGCAAGACUAGACACAAUCGCAGCGCAAGCUGUCUUAUCGGAAGAAGGCCACUUCGGAUGCCCUUACUUGAUCCGACAAGUUCGCGAUGCGUGCCCACCAGACACGAUAUGGGCUGUUGAAGCUGUAACAAACGCAGCAUUUGUGAACGAUCAAAUCCAAGCGACGUUGCCCAACUCAUGGAUCAACUGUGGAGGCGGAGGUCUGGGUUGGAGUGGUGGAGGUGCCCUCGGCAUCAAGCUAGCAACAGAUUUCGAGAACGGUGGGACGAAUAAGGGCAAGUUCGUCUGCCAGAUCGUGGGAGAUGGCACGUAUCUCUUCUCGGUUCCUGGGUCGGUGUAUUGGAUUGCACAACGAUACAAUAUUCCCGUGCUGACGAUUGUCUUAAACAACCAGGGCUGGAAUGCACCACGCAAGUCGAUGCUUCUCGUCCAUCCCGAAGGCGAAGGCUCAAAAGUCGACAACAAAGCAUUGAACAUCUCUUUCGCUCCAACUCCCGACUACUCCGGAAUUGCCAAGGCCGCUUCGGGACACAAAGCAUGGGCCGGUGUGGCCGGCAACGCUGAGCAACUGAAGAAACUUCUUCCCGAGGCCGUGGCCGCUGUGCAGAGUGGCGUGUGCGCGAUUCUGGAUGCGCAUCUAGACGGGCCUGAGGGGAAGUAUCCUGGGCCUGAAGCUGCUCUUGUUGGGUAGACAAGGAUAGGAUGACACAAAGUGAGGACAGCUCAAUCUUACUUGCUGACCUCCGUGGUCCUGUUCUGUGUCCAAGGUUGACAAGCCCGACUUCACAUGCUGCUCAGAUUCCCUUACAUCUGUCUUCACCACAUGGUGUUCAUGUUGACUCAAAGCGGUUGAUUGACCAAGAUGCGCGGGCCCUCUACGGAAACGGCAUUCCAGUCUGACAAUGUCUAGGACGUUUCAAAGACCCAAGCACAAGGUCAUUCAAACCAGAGACUUGACCCAAGCUUCCAGGUUGCUCAUCUGCCAGAUAGGUAUGGUGGGAGUUGAUUGAGAACGAUGCAGAAGUCAGUUCCCAUAAGACUUGAAGCGCCAACUCCCGAUUUUCCGAUGUAGAUGCGAGGUGGCCGCGCUCCUAGUCAUCGAACUCGGCAGUCUCAGAGAUGAUACCCAACUUUGUGAAACCAACAACGGGGUCCUGGAUAAAUCAGCUAACUGACCACACGAAGCAGUCGUGGGUGCCACAAGUACCUGAAUCACAUAUACUCCCGUUAUAGCGGC